AUUGGUAUUGAGCUGUGCUUCCGACGCGUUCGCAGUUUGAGUGUGAGCUUAUCUAUCUUGUCUAACUUGUCCACCCCAAUUCCCACCUCCCCUUCCAGGCUGGUCAUCUUCGCCGGCGACGUCACCCCGGUCGAGAUCAUGUGCCACCUGCCGGCCGUCUGCGAGGAGCGCAACAUUCCGUACUGUUACACGCCGAGCCGGAAGGACCUGGGCGCGGCCAUGGGCGUCAAGCGCGGCACGGUGGCGAUGAUGGUGCGCGAGCAUCCCGACUACCAGGACCUGUUCGACAAGCUGAAGGUGGAGCUGUCGGCGCUGCCGAUUCCGUCGUAAGCGGGUGGUAAGAGAUUUAUUUGUUUGAUGACGGAUUUUUUUCACGUACGUUGCAGCGAAAUGUACGAGGAGUGAAGUUUUACGCAAAGAAUCAACCUAGUUUUAACAUGAAUUCAAUUUAAUACAUAUAAGUGGAACCUUUAAAAUGAAAAAAGCGUGUCUUUUCAAUAUGCAGAUGGUUUAUUAUUUUCGUGAUA